AUGGAGUUCCUGAACACAGAGGGACCCAAUUUGUGCGCCUACACAGUGCUUUUGAUGUCCUUUGAGUCCUUCUCAGACGGAGCCAACAUGAUGAGCCAACAGUUCUUCACCUCUUCUCCUCGAAGAUGUUUUACCUCUGCCUCCUCUGGUGGAGGCAGCGGGGGGAUCAGAAUCAGCGAGGCCUCCACCUGCCAACCUUUUGUCACCACCUGCUUGGCAGGUAGGGGAAACACCAGCAAAAGUUUCCAUAACUUUGGUGGAAGACAUCAGAUUUCUUGCUCUGUGGGCCACGAGAGAAUUAGCUAUGGAAACGAUAUGGAAGCAGGGCAAGUGGUGGGCCACAGCAUACUUGCAAGGGGCUUCGGACAUAGAAGCACAACAAGUCCUGCCGCCAGCUGUAGAAGCGAUAGGAUCCGCGAGGUUUCCAUUAACAAGCAUCUCUUGGAACCUCUCUGCCUGGGGGUCGAUCCGCAUGACCAUCAAGUAAAAGCACGGGAGAAGGAGCAAAUAAAGGACCUCAACAAUCAGUUUGCUUGCUUCAUUGACAAGGUCAGAUCCUUGGAACAAAAGAACCAGUUGUUGGUCACCAAAUGGAAGCUGCUGCAGAACCAGACAGUUCCCACCGUUCGGAAAGAUCUCAAGCCUUUAUGUGAAAAUUUCCUCAGUAAGCUGAGGAAAAAACUGGACUGUUUGUUGUGCGAGAAGCAGAAGCUCGAAAACCAACAUAAAACAACACAGAGCAUGGUUGAGGAGAACCGAUGCAAGUAA